AUGGCUGCAGUCACCAUGUCCGAGGCCUUCGAGAUUGUUCACCAGGACAUGGUAACUCUUUACAAUCUUGCCGGCUCCGUCCUCUCUCGCCCGUGCCUUAUCCUCCUCAAGUUUCUGGGCGGUUGCUUCAUUUUCGGCGUCCUUGUCUUUUUGACAAUGGCUUUCCUGUUCUUCGUGCGGAUGAUAGUUUGCAAAAUGGGAUACCCAGUCCCACAGACCAUGAUCAGGCGAGUUAUCAAAACGCCGACCUCACUGAAUACACAUUUUUCAGGCUCUACAUGACUAUGUACAUUGUGGCCCUCAUCCAGACAUUUAUCGCUCCGUACGUACUGCUAUUUGAUGGUUCGAUCAUAAUGACGAUUAUAUUCGUAGCUACUGUCGGUCAGUUAAUUCCUUGUUCUUCUAAAACUUGACAUUUUGUUCCAGGAAGCUUCUUGGUGGUUACCUAAGGUAAUUCUGGUCUCUCAUUCUCUCUCUCUCUCUCUCCCUCGGUGCACAUUAUCUUCUCGACCCAUUCAUUCAAUUCAACAUGAUAAUUUUCUUCGUUUCUGACCUACCUACUCAUAUUUUUUGUAUCCUUUUUUCAAUCCCCAACUCGCAUUACUUUUUCUGAUCCCGAUUGUAUUUGAGGUUUUAAAGGACUGCGACGGCAUGUGUUAUCUAUCCAAUAAAUUCUGAUCCGCGAUAUUUCUGUUCACACACCAAACGAAAGUUAACGCAUUUUCCCACGUACGUAUUACGGCUUCUCACUACGUUUUGUUUGCUAGUUCACGAGGGAUGGAGAUCUACUUGCUAUUGUUUCUGAUCAUGCAGAACCGUUUCAUGGGGGUACAUCUGCUCAUCGCUGUCGUUCGCUUUUAUGCCAGAAGGCUCGCUUUCGGAAUCCGAUUCCACAGAAAAUUGUGAGCGAUUUUCCUUUAAAUAUUCUGUUCGUGUAAUAUCUUUUUUUUUCAGUCUGAUUGCUCUAAGCAUUCCGUUCUAUGUCAUGCUCCUCAUACAUCUUGACGAGAAAGCAAGCGGGAAGGAAUCCCCGAUUCAACUCAUCGGAUUCUUUGUCACAACCUGCAGUUUUCAAUUCGUCGUCACGGAUAUGUUUUGA